CCCGUCAAAGGCAAAUUUGCCUUCAGGUCCACGCAACACCAAAACACCUCCAAGAAACGAGAGGAAAGAAGGAGUGGUGCAAGCCAAUGUAGCACUUUCCUCACUCACCACCACGCACCACACUCAGAGAGGCUUGGCUUGCAGUGGGAACCACGCUCAAAGCAAAGGACAAGGAUGCUUCGCGCUGCCGUGAUUGUUGGCGUGGUGGCCGUGCUGGCCUCCGUGUCAAGUGCUGCACCCGUUCUGGAGGGAAGGAUGACGGAUUCGUCCUCGUUUGAUCCUCCAACACAGGUCCACCUUGCGCUGGGCGACACUGCUGGCGCUUCCAUGGUCGUGUCUUGGAUCACCACCAAUGCAUCCGCUGGUCACGUGUACUACGGAACAUCCAAGGACAAGCUCAACACCCGAGUGGAGCAACUCGCUGAUGCCGAGCGUUACACGUUCCAGAGCACAUACGGCGAGCACUACGUCUCUGGUCUCAUUCACCACGCCAAGAUCCCGAACCUGGCGCCCCUCACCAAGUACUACUACCGCUGCGGCGCUGACGGCUUUGGCUACUCCGACGUCUUCUCCUUCACAACUCCCCCCGUCGUCGGCACCAGCAAGUUCAUCUUCAGCGUGAUUGGCGAUCUUGGGCAGACGGCCAACUCGUCGUCGACUAUCGAGCACAUCAAGUCCGACCCGACCACCAACCUCACCGUCAUUGUGGGCGACCUCUCGUACGCUGACUCUGCCGAGCGCACCACCCCCACGCGCAACUGCACCCAGCGCCGGUGGGACAGCUGGGGCGAGCUCGUCGAGCACGUGUUUGCCAACCAGCCGCUCAUGACGCUGCCCGGCAACCACGAGAUUGAGCAGGAGGGUCCACCGCCGGCGACGCAGGAGAAGUUCCUUGCGUACCAGAAGCGCUUCCGUAUGCCCUGGAAGGAGUCUGGCGCCACAAACGGCAACCUCUACUACUCGUUCGAGGUUGGCCCCGUGCACUUCAUCAUGCUCAACUCCUACAUGGACUUUGACAAGGGCAGCCAGCAGUACGAAUGGCUUCUCCAGGACCUCAAGAAGGUUGAUCGCUCUGUGACGCCCUGGCUGUUUGCGUCCAUGCACGCCCCCUGGUACAACUCCAACGUCUUCCACCACAACGAGCCCGAGGAGACGGGCAUGCGCGCUGCCAUGGAGGACAUUAUGUUCAAGCACAACGUCGACGCCAUCUUCUCCGGCCACGUCCACGCCUAUGAGCGCAUGUUCCCCGUGUACAAGAACAAGACCAACCCCGAGGCGCCAACCUACCUCAACAUUGGCGACGCCGGCAACCGCGAAGGCCCCGCGUAUCUGUACUUCCCGCAGCCCAAGUGGAGCGCCUACCGCGAGCCCGCAUUUGGCCACGGCCGCGUGGAGAUCUUCAACGCAACCCACGCCCACUGGACCUGGCACAAGAACCUGAACAGCGAGGCGACGGUGUCUGACGAUGUGUGGCUUGUGCGUAACGCAGCCAUCCCGUCCUCCCCAUACAAGCACGGCCUCACACCGCUCUUUGGCCGCACCUUUGAUGGCUUUGCCCCAUACAAGUCCUUCUAAACCAGGCAACUUCGUUGCUUGCACCCUGAUUCGCAUGACUCGUGUGAAUGUGUGUCUACUUGUUCAUGCCUGCGUGUGUAUGUGCGUGUGUGUCUGUGUGUGCGUGUGUCUGUGUGUGUCUGUGUGUGCCUUGUCAACUCCCACUCCAAUACAGUGCCAACAAACAGCAA